GCGCCCCUCGGUCCUCCUCUUGCCCCCGUGCCUCUUCCGACCGAGCCUUUCUCCUGUCCCUUCAGUCGCUCGCCAGCCGGUUCCCGCUCCCUACUCCUCCGCUCCGCCAGUACCCCCGGUGACCCCACCCUCUGCAGCCUCCAGCCGCGUCCAGCCACUACCUCCCUUCCCCAGGGCCCGGCACUCCCCACUCCCUCCCGGCAGGCCGGACCUUCUGCAGAGGCGGGUCAAGCCUCGCGGGUCCAAGCUGUGCUCCAGGAGCGGAGACACGGCCCUGGGCCGGGAACGAGGUCAAGCGCGUCGGGCUCCCGCGUCACACCUGUCCGAGGGGCAUCAGCGGCGGGGGCGGGGGCUCGCAGUGCCUUAGACGCCCGAGGAGAGGGAGGAGGAAGGGCGCGUUUCAUCAUUGGUGGUGGCGGCGGCCACUUAUAAAACUUCUGGGCGCGCACUCUCUCGCUCAGUCUCUGCGCUGCGCGCCUCCUCAGGCCAUCGCGGCCACUCACGCCACCCACCGGCCCGGCCGCACUAGCGCGACGACCCUGCUUACCGGGCCUCCCGCUCCGGGCCCUGCCGCCGCCACCCCGACGGGGCUGGAAGGGACGCCGCCCCGUGCUGCUGCAGUCGCCCUACCCCGCGCCGGCCCCGCUGUUGCCCGCCACCAUGGGGCUCCUGCCCAAGCCCGGCGCGCGCCAGGGCAGCGACGCCUCCUCGGGCCGAGCCGGCCGCUGUCCCCGCUCUAUCUUCAGCAACAUUAAGGUCUUCGUGCUCUGCCAUGGCCUCCUGCAGCUCUGCCAGCUCCUGUACAGCGCCUACUUCAAGAGCAGCCUCACCACCAUCGAGAAGCGCUUUGGCCUCUCCAGUUCUUCCUCGGGUCUCAUUUCCAGCUUGAAUGAGAUCAGCAACGCCAUCCUCAUCAUCUUUGUCAGCUACUUUGGCAGCCGGGUGCACCGUCCACAGCUGAUUGGCAUUGGGGGUCUCCUGCUAGCUUCGGGUGCCUUCGUCCUCACCCUCCCACACUUCCUGUCACAGCCCUACCAGUACACCUUGGCCAAUGUAGGGAACAGCAGCCUCUUCCAAGCUGAUCUCUGUCAGGAGCAUUCACAGGACCUGCCCCUCAGCAAGUGCCACAGCAGCACCCAAGACAUCCGGAAGGAGACCAGGAGUAUGUGGGGUCUCAUGGUGGUCGCCCAGCUGCUGGCAGGCAUCGGGACAGUGCCCAUUCAGCCAUUUGGGAUCUCCUAUGUGGAUGACUUCUCGGAGCCCAACAACUCACCUCUGUAUAUCUCCAUUUUAUUUGCCAUCUCCGUAUUUGGACCAGCUUUCGGGUACCUACUGGGCUCUGUCAUGCUACAGAUCUUUGUGGACUACGGCAGGGUGGACACAGCCUUAGUUAACUUGAGCCCCGGAGACCCCCGAUGGAUUGGAGCCUGGUGGCUGGGCCUGCUCGUUUCCUCGGCCUUCUUGGUUCUCACCUCUUUUCCCUUUUUCUUCUUUCCUCGCACAAUGCCCGGAGGAAUGGAGAGGUCUCCUGCCAUAGAGGACGAGGCGAGGAAGAUGAAGGAGGUCAAGCCAAGAGGCUCCCUGGUGGAUUUCAUUAAACGGUUUCCCCGCAUCUUCCUGAGACUCCUGAUGAACCCGCUCUUCAUGCUGGUGGUCCUGGCCCAGUGCACCUUCUCCUCCGUCAUUGCCGGCCUCUCCACGUUUCUCAACAAGUUCCUGGAGAAGCAGUAUGGCACCUCCGCGGCCUAUGCCAACUUCCUUAUCGGUGCUGUGAACCUCCCUGCUGCGGCCUUGGGGAUGCUGUUUGGAGGAAUCCUCAUGAAACGCUUUGUUUUCUCGCUACAAACCAUUCCCCGCGUGGCUGCCAGCAUCGUCACCAUCUCCAUGAUCCUCUGUAUCCCUCUCUUCUUCAUGGGAUGCUCCACCCCAAACGUGGCGGAGGUCUAUCCUCCCAGCACAUCAAGUUCUAUACAUCCUCAGCCCCCCGCCUGCCGCAGGGACUGCACAUGCCCGGAUUCCAUCUUCCACCCGGUCUGCGGAGACAAUGGGGUAGAGUACCUCUCCCCAUGCCAUGCUGGCUGCAGCCACAUCAAUAUGAGCUCUGUAGCCUCCAAGCAACGGGUCUAUUUGAGCUGCAGCUGUGUGACCGGGGGAUCUGCUUCGGCCAAGACAGGGUCGUGCCCCGUCUCCUGUGCCCCCUUCCUGCUGCCAUCCAUCUUCCUCAUCUCCUUCGUGGCCCUCAUCGCCUGCAUCUCCCACAACCCCCUGUACAUGAUGGUCCUGCGGCCAUUGAUAUCAGCCUGGCUGCCAUCUCCAGCCCUCUACGGCCUCAUCAUCGACUCUGCCUGCAUCCGGUGGAACUUUCAGUGUUCAGGGGGGCGAGGAGCCUGUGCCUACUACAACAAUGAUGCUCUCCGAAACAGGUACCUGGGCCUGCAGGUGGGCUACAAGGCUCUGGGCAUGCUGCUGCUCUUCUUCAUCAGCUGGCGGGUGAAGAAGAGCAAGGAGUACAAUGUGCAGGAGAAGGCUGCAGGCCUCAUCUGACCCCUGCCCCUCGGCCCAGCGCCCCCCACUCCAGAGGGUGGACCUGCCCCUCCACACCUGUCUAUAUUUACUAAUGUUCACACGUCAUUUCAUUUCUGUUUUUUAAAUAAGAAAGAAAACUCCAGUCACC